GAGAUCUUCAACCGGGGGCCCAUUGCUUGCAACGUCGACGCCGUGCCCAUCCUCAACUACACGGGUGGCAUCGUCACCGCGAAGUCGAAGGACACUGACCACUCCAUUUCCGUUGUCGGCUGGGGCACAGAUGACAAGCUGGGCUUCUACUGGCAGGUGCGGAAUUCGUGGGGUGAGUACUGGGGCGAGCAGGGCUACUUCCGCGUUCAGAGCGGUGCUCUGGCAUUGGAGCAGGAUAGCUGCACCUGGGCGACGCCGAAGGACUUCACGGCACCAGAACGGGUCAAUUUGCCCUUCGAUUGCAUCAU